AUGAUUGCUUAUGAUGAAGCAUACAUAAAAUCACUUUAAAAAAAAGCUCGCAAUUAUUCUUUUGUGUGCAAUUUGAAUAUCUUUCUUAUUAUUAUAUGGAUAAUUUAAGUACUUUAAAAUAAUAUGAUCACUUUUAAUCCUUAAUUGUAAUUUAAUACUUUUGAUUAUCAAUUGUUGGAAUAGAAUUCUAUCAAAGAACCUGAAUGGUGUUUUUCAUUUGCAUUUAAUAAGGAUUCAACAAUUUUAGCAGUUGGAUGUUAAUCUUACAUUAAAUUGUUUGAGUUCACUAAUGAAAGAGUCUCAUUGAAUUAAAUAUUAAUGAAUACAGACUUUGUAAGAUCAAUAUAUUUUAUGAAGAAGUCAUAGAAUUUGAUAUCAGGUGGUGAGGAUUCUUCUAUUUUGGUUUGGCAAAAAAAUUAAGAUCAUUAAUGGUUUAUUUACUAAAAGCUUUUAGGACAUUCUAAACCUAUUAAACAUAUAAUUAUGAAUUAAAAUGAAGAUCUUAUAAUUUCAUGUAGUAGUGAUAAAACAAUUAAAUUUUGGGUNAGUUUAGUAUGA